AUGGUGCGCCAACUCAAACAUCACGAGCAAAAACUGCUCAAAAAGGUCGACUUCAUCACCUACAAGGGCGACAACGACCAUCGCGCCGCGGCCGUGUGCCGGCGCUACAUGAUCCAGAAGCCGGCCGACUACCACGCCUACAACGCCGUGUGCGGCUCGCUCCGCAAGCUGGCGCACCGCCUGAGCCUGCUGCCGCCCGACAGCGCCGUGCGGCGCAAGCACGAGUCCCUCCUGCUCGAGAAGCUGUACGACGUCGGGGUGCUGUCGACGCAGUCCAAGCUGUCGGCGGUCGAGCACGGCGCGACCGUCAGCGCCUUUGCGCGCCGCCGCCUGCCCGUCGUCAUGACGCGCCUGCACAUGGCCGAGAGCGUGUCGGCCGCGACGAGGUUCAUCGAGCAGGGCCACGUGCGCGUCGGCGUCGACGUGGUCACGGACCCGGCCAUGCUGGUGACGCGGUCCAUGGAGGACUUUGUCACGUGGGCGCCCGGCAGCAAGGUCAAGAGGAACAUUAUGAAGUACAAGGACAAGCUGGACGAUUUUGAGCUUUUGUGA